AUGUUGGCGAGCGACAUACAUGUACUCCGCGCGUCUGAGGCCUUCGGGCUGUCCUUCACGAUCGGUGUUCUACUACAUAUUUUCGUCUUUCGACACGGAGAAUGGGACCUAUCGGCUCAACGGUUGAUUACUUCAUUCUCCCUGACAUUUGUUGCGGCCGUGGGAGUAGUCAUGGCUGCACCGAUGCUGAAGCCCUUAGUGGGUCGACAAAUCCAUUCGCCGCCUCUCCUCGACGCCUUCAAGGCAGUCGGUAUGCAGUUCGCGACCUUGGUGGGCGGUAUUUGCACGAGCAUGAUGAUUUACCGCGGCUUUUUCCAUCGACUGAAUCGUUUUCCGGGCCCAUUUCUCGCCAAAUUCUCCAACUUAUAUGUCACGUUCAAGAUAUGGAACAGGAUGCAUUUGCAUGAAGACGUCAGGAAACUUCAUGAGAAGUACGGUGGCAUAGUCCGAGUUGGUCCGACUGAGCUUUCUAUCAAUAAGCCCGGUGCGAUCAAUGCCGUGUUCCUCGAGACAGAUUGCUACAAGGGCCCUUGGUAUAAUCUACUUCAUCCAAUGGUAUCGAUGCAAAUGGUACGAGAUAAAGAGGCCCAUUCGCGACGUCGUAAGGCGUGGGAAUAUGGCUUCACCUCUAAGGGUAGCUCCUCUGCACUUCUCACUCACACCGAACAUGAGCUAACCUGGAUCAAAGCUCUUCGCGACUAUGAGCCUAAGGUGCUGAAGUACACCAACCAGCUCAUGGCGGGCAUUGAAGCCAGUGCCGGCACAAAAUUCAACGCGUCACUCUGGUUUAACUUUUACAGCUUCGACGUCAUGGGUGAGUUCUCGCUCGGCCACGGCUUCCGCAUGCUCGAGGACGGCGUCUCGCACUUCUACAUGGACGGUUUGCAUAAUGAGACGCUUGCUGUGGGUCGUUUUACUCACGCCAUGUGGGCGCUCCCGCUCUAUCGCAAGAUGUCGUUGUGGAAUGCCGAGCUCCGACGGUUCAAGGGCUGGAUCUCACAGCAGGUUCAGCAGCGGAUCCAGAACAAGCCUGAAAGUCCUGAUAUUUUCACUUGGGUACUUGAGGAUUAUGAGUCCAAGAAGGAGAACAGUUUCCAGGAUAUGCUCAACUUGUAUGGGGAUUGUAUCCUGAUUACCGUUGCUGGAAGUGAUACGGUCGCCGCUGUGUUGUCUUGCCUGUUCAUGGAGAUGGCUCGUCACCCGAAGGAGUACCACAAACUCCAGCAAGAGAUCGAUGAAUACUUCCGCGAACACGAUAACCCAGAGCACGCGCCGCUUGCAAAGUUACGAUAUCUCCAGGCUUGCAUUGAUGAGUCUCUUCGUCUGCACCCUCCAGUUCCCUCUGGGGUCCAAAGAAUGACUCCGCCAGAGGGCCUUCAGGUCGACGAUGUCUGGUUGCCUGGUGAUACCAUCGUCUUUGUGCCUUCAUAUACUCAGUAUCGCGAUCCACGGUUCUUCGAUCGACCUGACGAAUUCAUCCCAGAGAGGUGGAUUGAUCGUCCCGAUCUCGUCAAGAACGCGGCCGUAUACGUGCCGUUCUCCACGGGCAAGUCUCAAGUGGACACCAGCAAAGACUGGAUGAAUCAAUUGCUAAUGAAUCAAAGGGCACGAUUUGUGCACAAGUAUAAUGUCAGGUAUGCCGACGGCCAGACCGGAGAGAAGUUCCUGGAAGACAACAAGGACACAGGAACACUAACGGUUGGUUCUCUGAACUUGGUAUUUGAUCCAAGGAAAGCUUGA